AUGCAGAGCUGCGUGGCAGGGAGCCGGGCUCCCCUGGGCCUGCUCCUGGUCUGUCUGCACCUCCCAGGUCUCCUGGCCCGGAGCAUCGGGACGGUGGAGGGGAAAGCACCCCCAAACUCGGGGCCUGCUGUGUCUCUGCUUGGACAGCCUUCCCUGACGGGGCCCUUGAACUCUGAGCAUCCUCAGCCCAGGCUAGACCCUGAGCCUAACGAUUUAGUGAGGGCUCCUCUGGGGCUCAAUGACCUUCCACCAGACGCCCGCCCUGCAGGAGGUUCCGGGCCACAGACCUGGCCUCCCUCUGGGGGGCUGCCCGUGGUGGACUCCUGGCCCUCUGCGGGCCCUUGGCAGGCGAUGGCUGCUCCAGCUGAGGCCCUCCUAGGGGAAGUGCCUUCACUGCCCCAAAGGGUGGUUUACCUUUCCAGCCCAGCCAGCCCCCCUGAGGGGGGCCCUCUGCCUGUGAUGUUCUCGGCACACCCCGAGGGCCCUCCAUCUGAGGCUGCACUCCUUUACCAGGGCUCGGAGCCUGGACGGGCACCCCGAGCUAAUUUGCUGGGAGCCAAAGGAAAAAUCCUUGCCCAACGCCCACCCUGGCCUCUCAUCCACAGGGUUCUGCCUGGUCACCCCUGGGGGGUCCUGCGUCCCAGUGUGUCCUGGGGAGGCGGCGGACCUGGGACAGGGUGGGGAACGAGGCCCAUGCCACUCCCUGGGGGAGUCUGGGGUAUCAAUAAUCCGUUUCCAGGCAACCCCUGGGGGAACAUUAAUCGAUACCCAGGAGGUGGCUGGGGGUCUCUGAGCCAAUACCCAGGAGGCGGCUGGGGAGCGAUUCGCCCGUACCCCGGUACCAGCUGGGGGAGUAUUCAAUACCCAGGCACCAACGGUCAGCUUGCUCCCGGAGCUCUCCGUCCUGGCUCUUCCUGGGACCUUGCAGCCGGCUCCCCUCGUCCUCGGAACCCUGGAUCGCAGGGGCCUUAGGGUGCUGCACGAGGAGCCCGGAGCUGGAAGUCUGAGAAGGAAGCCUCCCCUGCCCCAUGCUGAGCUGAGUCGCCACCCACUCGGCCGCCCAGUCCUGCUGUCCCAUGCUCAUUGCCAAUAAA